AUGUUACAACUACCCCAAUACCGUUCUGCCUUGCUCCAUACCCUUCUGCAACUAGAGAGCGGACAUGUUAGCCCUGUCAUAACGGGGAUAACGGGUAGUUUGAUACUUAGUGCAGGGAUUUGCUGCUAGGGAAAUCAUGGACGCCGUAAACGCUUUCAACCAUGAGCUGUUCUCCUUGAUGGACAUGAAGCCCCCAAUAUCUCGAGCCAAGAUGAUAUCCAUCACUAAGUCAGCCAUCAAAGCUAUGAAGUUAUAUAAACACGUGGUCCAGAUUGUUGAGAAGUUCAUUAAAAAGUGUAAGCCGGAGUACAAGGUGGCAGGUCUAUAUGUUGUAGACUCCAUCGUCCGACAGUCCCGUCAUCAGUUCGGCGUGGACAAGGACGUGUUCGGGCCGCGGUUCACCAAGAACAUCACGGGAACGUUUGAGAACCUCUGUCUCUGUCCCACUGAAGAACGGAGUAAGAUAGUGCGUGUGUUGAAUCUGUGGCAGAAGAAUGGUGUGUUUAAGAUGGAGAUCAUCCAGCCUCUUCUAGAUAUGGCUAUAUCUGGUUCCAGCAGUGCUGCAGCUGCAGACACCGAGAUGGACGACCCAGACCCAGGUUUCCCCUCAUCCCCCUCACCAGUAAAGGGUCCAGUCACCUCAGUAACAGAAAACACAGUUGUGGCGCCUGUCCCUCAGCUUCAGAACUCUGACGCAUUCGCUGCUGUCGCUCAGCUCUUCCAGUCCUCAAAGGGACAACAGCUUCAACAAAUGCUCCAGAACUUCCAACAAAUUCCGUUAAAGCCUCAGACUCAUCCCUUCCAGACCCACAGCCACCCCCAUGUUCAACCCCACCCCCAGGCUCCACCCCAUCCCCAGCCGCAUCACCAGGCUCCACCCCAUCCCCAGCCGCAUCUCCAGGCUCCAACCCAUCCCCAGCCGCAUCUCCAGGCUCCACCCCAGCCCCAGCCGCAUCACCAGGCUCCACCCCAGCCCCAGCCGCAUCACCAGGCUCCACCCCAUCCCCAGCCGCAUCACCAGGCUCCACCCCAUCCCCAGCCGCAUCACCAGGCUCCACCCCAUCCCCCGCCGCAUCUCCAGGCUCCACCCCAUCCCCAGCCGCAUCACCAGGCUCCACCCCAUCACCAGGCACAUCCCCAGCCUCCAGCCAACCUCCACCACCUCCACUCCCAGCCCCAUCUCCAGACCCUCACCCCCGCCGCUCAGCGACUCCCCCUCCCCUCCAGCGAGCCCACCCAGCAGAAAACAGCGUUUGACAAGGUGGCUACGCUGUUGGACCGUUUUGACUAUGACGAUGAGCCUGAGGGAGCCGACGAAUCAAAGAAGCACCAGACAUCUUUUACCCAGCAGCCUCCAGGUUUCCCCCAGCACUUUCAACAACACAUGAUGGGCAUGGUACAAGACCUCACACAACAGAUACCUCUCCCUCCCAACGGCCAGCUCCAGGGCUAUGGUCUGCUGCCGGGCCAGGCCUACCCAGGAAUGGUGGGUCCUCCAGGCCAGCCCCUUCCUGGUACAGCACCUCCGGGCUUCCCUGGGGGAUACCCUCCAAAUAAGGACGCCUUCGGCCAACACGUGGGCCAUCAAGAACAGGAUAUGAAUAUGGAUCUGGACCCCCCCUCCAUGAAGGAUGGACGACACCGACCGGAUGGCAGGAAGUCACCAUCAGGAUCUAGGUCUCCUAAGAGGAGGCGGUCGCGGUCCAACUCUAGAACACAACGGUCCAGAAACCGACGCUCUCGCUCGCGGUCCAGAGACCGCCGCAGACACUCCCCACGGUCACGCUCCCAGGAACGCAGGGAGAGAGAGAAGGAGAAGGAGAAAGAGAGGGAGAGACGGCAGAAAGGACUGCCACAGCCCAAGGCUGACACGCUGAGCGUGUGUAGUACCACUCUGUGGGUGGGUCAGUUGGACAAGAGAACACAGCAGCAGGAUGUAGCCUGCCUACUGGAAGAGUUUGGACAGAUAGACUCCAUCAACAUGAUUCCUCCCCGAGGUUGUGCCUACAUUGUCAUGGUCCACAGACAGGAUGCCUUCAGAGCUCUGCAGAAACUCAGCAGAGGAUCCUACAAAGUCAACCAGAAAGCCAUCAAGAUCGCGUGGGCGUUGAAUAAAGGUAUCAAAGCAGAGUUGAAGCAGUACUGGGAUGUAGAGCUGGGCGUUACCUUCAUCCCCUGGUCUAAGAUACGACAGGACCAGCUAGAGGACAUCAGAGAGGGAGGGACGCUGGACCCAGACACACUGGACCCAGAGUGGAGGAGUGUUCAGAGUAACCAGGACACACCAGAGGAGUUCAGACAAAAUGGCCGCUCUGAGCCGUUAGCCACGUUGGAGGACACUGCUGGGACCGCACCUGUAGCCACUCCUGUACAGGCUCCUCCCUCGUCGUCUCCCCAGGUACAUCCGGUCCAGGUGCAGUCGAUGGGAGGUGUAGGUUCUCUCCAGCAGCACCCCUCCUUCCCCCCUGGGCCUGGCCCUCCUGGUGGUCCCCCCAUGGGCCUGCCUCCCCCUUCCUUCCCCCCUGGUGUACCACCCGGACCUCCUCCCUCCUUCAUGAGACCGGGACCAAGGUUCAACCCCAUGCAGAUGAUGCCACCAGGUUUCCUUCCGCCUGGGUCGAUGCCCCUGGGCCCCUCUGGGCCCCCUCCCUCAGCAGCAGGGGUUGUCGGGGGAGUUGAGCUGUCUCUGGAUCCAGCCGGCCUGGGUAACCAGGUGCCUGGUCCUCCAGUGGGCUCACCAGGCGGUCCCAUCCCACUGUCUGGAGGUCUUCUUGGGGCUCGCCCCGGCAUGAUCCCCCUCCAGCGCCCUCCAGUCCACUCUCCUGGUCCGGUCCUCCCCCCACCUCACAUGCAGCGCUUCCCUCCUCCCCACGGUGGCCCACAUGGCCCCCACCCCCCUCGGGGCCCCCCCCACCACAACAUGCCACCCCAGAUGAUGCCCCCCAACAGGGGCCCCCACCCUCACAUGAUGCACCACGAUGGCCCCCCUCCGCCGCCCGGGGGCCCACGAGGGUUUGGGAUGGGCAUGCCCCCUUCCCAUCCCAUGAGGGGUCCCUUCCCUCCCCACGGGCCCCUCCCUGGGGGGCCACCACCACCCUUCAUGAGGGGGGGCCCUCGAGGGCCAGAGGGGCCGGAGGAGAUUGAGGGGAGGGGGCCCCCCAGGGGCGAGAGACCUGGGUUUAGGGACAGAGAUCCAGAUAGGGAGCGAGAGAGGGACUGGGAGAGGGAUAGAGAGAGGGAGAGGUUUGGUGGAGGGGGGAGGCGGUUUGGGGACGGAGGGAGAGGAGGAGGAGGAUGGGGAGAGAGGAUGGAGGAAAGGGAAAGGUUUGGGGGGUGGCAGGAGGAUGGGGGAGAGCCGAGAGGGGGGGGAGGGUGGGAGAGAGAUAGAGACAGGCGGGACUGGAGAGAGAGACGAAGCAGUCCUGAUGGAGAGAGGGAGCGAGGGAGAGGAGGAGACGGAGAGAGUGAGCGCGGAAGGAGUGCGGGAGGAGAGAGGGAGCGAGGUAGAGGAUCAGAGGUAGGAGAGAGGGGGAGAGGAGAGGUAGGAGAAAGGGGGUUGGGGGAGAGGGAGAGAGGUAGAGGAGAGGUUGGAGAAAGGGGUGUAGGAGAGAGGGGUGUAGGAGAGAGGGGGAGAGGUAGAGGAGAUGUAGGAGAAAGGGGUGUAGGAGAGAGGGGGAGAGGUAGAGGAGAUGUAGGAGAAAGGGGUGUAGGAGAAAGGGGUGUAGGAGAGAGGGGGAGAGGUGGAGGAGUUGUAGGAGAAAGGGGGUUGGGAGAGAGGGGGAGAGGUAGAGGAGAGGUAGGAGAAAGGGGGUUGGGAGAGAGGGGGAGAGGUAGAGGAGAGGUAGGAGAAAGGGGUGUAGGAGAGAGGGGGAGAGGUAGAGGAGAAAGGGGGUUGGGAGAGAGGGGGAGAGGUAGAGGAGAGGUAGGAGAAAGGGGGAUAGGAGAGAGGGGUAGAGGAGAGGUAGGAGAAAGGGGGGUAGGAGAGAGGGGGAGAGAGGUAGGAGAGAGGGGGCGCGGCGGGAGUGAGGGAGGAGAGGGAGAGCGGCAGAGGCGACCGAGGAACAGAGAGAGGACAUCUCGUUGGGACACAGACGAUCGACUAGGAGACAAAGCAGAGGUAGAACCAGAGAACGUGGAACUCAAGCUCCGGAACUCUGACGACAACAACACAGAAACCCUCCCACCUACUACUACUACUACUACUGUUGUUGCUGCUGCUGCUACGACAGAACCCUCUAAAGAACCUCCUACGGAUUCUAAAGAUUCCACUGUAGAACCCUUCCAAUCCCAACAGAAGGUGGAAUCGGAACCCUCUGGCCUCCCUGUUGAAGUGACUGGUACAGAACCGCGCGUGGCGUGUGUUUCUGGAUCUACAAGUCAACCUCAGCCCAUAGAGAAAACUCAUGCGGAUGAGACACAGGAGACUGAGGCAGUGGCUACCAAAUGAAACCUUUAAUUUUUUUUUUAUGUUAGCCUAGGUGCCAGUCUGUUUCUGCCUUCAUGACAACUCCUGUCACUAACUCCUUUGUGGAAUUGUCAUGUUUGACUUGAUAUUUACUGCAAUGGAGCUGGCAAGAGCACAAACGGAUCUGGGACCAGGCUAGUUUGAUGUUGCCCCUCAACCACAGAUAUAGAAUCAGAUUCCCCUUAUCCCUCCAAUUGUAACCUUAGCCAUAGGGGAUGGUAAUAUACAGAGCAUUCGGAAAGUAUUCAGACCCCUUGACUUUUUCAACAUUUUGUUACCUUACAGCCUUAUUCCAAAAUGGAUUAAAUAGUCCCCCCCCCCCCCGAUCAAUCUACAAACAAUACUCCAUAAUUACAAAGCAAAAAAACAGUAUUUUAGAAAUGUUUGCAAACGUAUUAAAAAUAAAAAAAACUGAAAUAUCACAUUUACAUAAGUAUUCAGACCCUUUACUCAGUACUUUGUUGUAGCACCUUUGGCAUCGAUUACAGCCUUGAGUCUUCUUGUGUAUGACGCUACAAGCUUGGCACACCUGUAUUUGAGGAGUUUCUCCCAUUCUUCUCUGCAGAUCCUCUCAAGCUCUGUCAGGUUGGAUGGGGAGCGUUGCUGCACAGCUAUUUUCAGGUCUCUCCAGAGAUGUUGGAUCGGGUUCAAGUCCGGGCUCUGGCUGGGCCAAUCAAGGACAUUCAGAGACUUGUCCCGAAGCCACUCCUGCGUUGUCUUGGCUGUGUGCUUAGGGUCGUUGUCCUGUUGGAAGGUGAACCUUCGCCCCAGUCUGAGGUCCUGAGCGCUCUGGAGCAGGUUUUCAUCAAGGAUCUCGCUGUACUUUGCUCCGUUCAUCUUUCCCUCGAUCCUGACUAGUCUCCCAGUCCCUGCUGCUGAAGAACAUCCCCACAGCAUGAUGCUGCCACCACCACCAUGCUUCACCAUAGGGAUGGUGCCAGGUUUCCUCCAGACGUGACGCUUGGCAUUCAGGCCAAAGAGUUCAAUCUUGGUUUCAUCAGACCAGAGAGUCUUGUUGCUCAUGGUCUGAGUCCUUUAGGUGCCUUUUGACAAACUCCAAGAGGACUGUCAUUUGCCUUUCACAUAUGAGUGGAUUCAGUCUGGCCACUCUACCAUAAAGGCCUGAUUGGUGGAGUGCUGCAGAGAUGGUUGUCCUUCUGGAAGGUUCUCCUAUCUACACAGAGAACUCUGGAGUUCUGUCAGAGUGACCAUCAGGUUCUUGGUCACCUCCCUGACCAAGGCCCUUCUCUCCCGAUUGCUCAAUUAGGCCGAGCGGCCAGCUCUAGGAAGAGUCUUGGUGGUUCCAAACGUAUUCUAUUUAAGAAUGAUGGAGGCCACUGUGUUCUUGGGGACCUUCAAUGCUGCAGACAUUUUUUUGUACCCUUCCCCAGAGCUGUGUCUCAACACAAUCCUGUCUCGGAGCUCUACGGACAAUUCCUUUGACCUCAUAGCUUGGUUUUUGCUCUGACAUGCACUGCCAACUGUGGGACCUUAUAUAGACAGGUGUGUGCCUUUCCAAAUCAUGUCCAAUCAAUUGAAUUUACCACAGGUGGACUCCAAUCAACUGGUAGAAACAUCAAGGAUGAUCAAUGGAAACAGGAUGCACCUGAACUCAAUUUAGAGUCUCAUAGCAAAGGUUCUGAAUACUGAUGUAAAUAAGGUAUUUCUGUAUUGUUUUUUUAUAUAUAUUUGCUAUAUAAAAACAAAAUGUAAAUAACUUUUUUGCUUUGUGAUUAUGGGGUAUUUUGUGUAGAUUGAUGUUUAAAAAACAACAUUUUAAUCCGUUUUAGAAUAAAGGCUGUAACUAAAUGGAAAAAGUCAAGGGGUCUGAAUACUUUCCUGAAGGCCCCUGGAUAUGUACCCUGGGCGCCCUGGUCAGUGUACUGUAAGCUGCCAUUUAGGAUGUAAGUGAAUAUCUGAUCCUGGAUCAGUGGGUUACAGGUCACUUCUACAUAUUUUCCCUAAUAGUCUCUCAAUGGCCUCCUUCACUUGUCUCCUCUCCUUCGUGACCACACUACAGAGAGGAUGUGUGCUAGGCAUCAGCAGUAACAUGGAUGUCAACUAAAACCCACCCAGAUCCUUACAUCCAUCAAGUGGUCAUGAAGGAAAGGAGACGAGGAAAGGACGUUUUUUUUUUUGUUGUUGUUGAAAGUAUUGUUGGAACAGGGUCAUCUAAAUAAUCUGUUCUCGUCUCCUCCACUUCCUGCUCUGAAUAGACAACAGGUGCAUUCUAUUCCAAUGCCAGUUGUGACAUAAACAAAGCAAUGUGGUUAGAUGUGUUCACUUGUCCAAUCGGUUGCAGACAAAGUAAAGAAAGGAAGCCAGGAGUCCAUACUGUAACUGGAAGGACUGUUUUAGUGCUUUUAUCUGACGGACUCUGACCUCUGAGUUAACUACGCCCACUUUGGAGCUGGAAUGUUGUUUUGAAAACACUUGACAAACCCAAGUUCAAUUCAGGGUUGUAUUCAUUAGGUACCAAAAUGGACUGAAACAGGGAGGAGCUACCUGCACUUGUCCAAUAAGAAAUGCUCAUUUUCGCUUUCCUGCUGCAAAGCAUUUUGGUACGGUGCGCACUAAUGAAUACGACCCAGGUGAAGCGAAAGGAGAGGUCUGGGGGUGUUUAGAUGCUGUAAAUAAGCUUUUUUUAUUGCCAGUUGCCAAUCAAUAUGUUGUUAAUUUUGAGCAUCACGACAGGAAGAAAUGAACAAAAGGCCCUUUUUUUGCUGUACUGUUUUUCAUUUUUAACUGGUAAAUGUUACAGCAAGGCUUUAGGAUAUGAAAAGUUUGUUUUAAUUUUUAAGUUAAAAGAAAGAAACAAUGGAAUUAAAUAUCCAAUAUUUCAGCGAUAGGGAAAUUGUUUUUAAUAAUAAACUAUUUUCGUACCAGA